ACAACGGUUCAAAUUCUACCAACGUCUGUUGCAGAUCAGCAGCAAGGACAUUGGGUUCAAAAUACUUUUCAAAGCGACUUUGUUUAACAUAAAACUGUAACACUACUUGGAAAGUGAAGAAUAGUUCGCCGCGUCUGUGCCCGAGUUGAGUGGAGCACAGGGGCAAACGGGAACGCCGCCCGGCCCGGGGUCAGAUACAUCCGCCGCAAUUGGAACCUCUCUUGGGGCCCGAGCGGCGGCAGGGCCGCCUGCAGACCUACCCGGAACCGAGGCCCCGCUCUCACCCAGAGGAAGAGCCAGGCCAACCCGGAAGUAUUCGCGGUGCUGGAGGGCUCCAACGGGCCGGUCGUGUGGACGGAGAGCCUCGUCCGGCUCCACCAACAGCCCGGACUCAUCUCCCGGUUCCUCCGUCCGUCUGUGGAAAUGGAGCAGGAGCAGUAAGGGAAUCUAACCCAAGGGGUUGCAGAUUUAAAGUGACAGAGGAAAGUUUUGAAGACCAUCUGAGGGGCCAGUUUUUACAGAGAGACUGGUGAAUGAAUGGUACAAGCUGCCAGAGGAUGAAGGAUGGAGUACUUUUCUGCAUAUGACUAAGAUGUUAACUCGGCAAAUAGUGAUGUGUUGAAGAUUUCAUUUAGGUGCUUACAGGUGAAGUUACAACAUUUAAAGGAAUGGCUUCAGGUGAUAUGAUACCAGAAAAUUUGAAGCACCAUCAGCAAAAGAGCAGGAAGCUUCCCAUUAGGUCCAUUGACCAGGAAGCUGAAGCAGACGGUGGUUUUCUGUUUGAAGCAGAUGAAGCUUGGAAGGAAUAUCACCAAGCUCUCUAUCACUUCUAUGAAGCCAAAGAACUAUGUGAUGUAACACUGAAGGUUGGGCAUAAGUUAAUUCCAUGCCACAAGUUGGUGCUGGCUUGUGUGAUUCCAUACUUCAGAGCAAUGUUCCUUUCAGAAAUGGCUGAAGCCAAACAGGACUUGAUAGAGAUUAAAGAUUUUGAUGGCAAUGCAAUGGAUGACCUUGUGAAAUUUGCUUAUUGCUCAAGGAUUCAACUGACUGUAGACAACGUACAACCUCUUUUGUACGCAGCAUGCAUUCUGCAGGUAGAGCUUGUGGCCAAGGCGUGCUGUGAGUACAUGAAAACCCAUUUUCACCCGUCAAACUGCCUGGCAGUCCGCUCAUUUGCUGAGAGUCACAACCGAGUUGACUUAAUGGGCAUGGCUGACAAGUAUGCUUGUGAACACUUUAACGAAGUAGUAGAAAGUGAAGACUUUAUAAAUGUUUCACCAAAGCACCUCAUUGCACUUCUUUCAUCCAGUGAUCUGAAUGUGGAAAAAGAAAAGCAAGUGUAUAAUGCUGCUAUGAAAUGGCUGCACUCAAAUCCACAACAUCAUGCUAAGUGGUUGGACCAGGUUCUUGCUCAGGUCCGAUUACCGUUACUACCUGUUGAUUUUCUCAUGGGGGUUGUGGCUAAAGAAAACAUAAUCAAACAGAACCUGAAGUGCAGGGACUUGUUGGAUGAAGCCAGAAACUAUCAUCUUCAGAUGAGUAAUAAGCCAGUGCCGGAUUUUGAAUACUCCAUACGCACAACAUCAAGAAAAUAUACCGCCGGUGUCAUGUUCUGUGUCGGUGGCAGAGGAGGAGCUGGUGACCCGUUCCGCAGUAUUGAAUGUUACUCCAUUAGCAAAAACAGCUGGUUCUUUGCACCCGAAAUGAAUAGUCGAAGGCGGCAUGUUGGAGUGAUCUCAGUGGACGGGAAAAUCUAUGCUGUCGGAGGUCAUGAUGGAAAUGAGCAUUUAGGUAGCAUGGAAGUGUUUGAUCCGAUGACCAACAAAUGGAUGAUGAAGGCUUCUAUGAACACCAAGCGGAGGGGUAUUUCUCUGGCGUCCCUUGGAGGCCCAGUCUAUGCUAUAGGUGGUCUAGAUGACCAUACAUGUUUUAGUGAUGUUGAGCGAUAUGACAUUGGCUCAGAUCUGUGGAGUACUGUGGCAGCAAUGAACACACCAAGGGGUGGUGUUGGCUCAGUUGCACUUGGGAACUAUGUUUACGCUGUUGGUGGAAAUGAUGGAGUUGUAAGUUUAUCUAGUGUUGAGAGAUAUGAUCCCUACUUGGACAAAUGGACAGAAAUUAAGGAUAUGGGGCAAAGGAGAGCUGGAAAUGGAGUUGGUGAACUAAAUGGCUGCUUGUAUAUUGUUGGUGGGUUUGAUGAUAACUCGCCACUCAGCUCUGUGGAAAGAUUUGAUCCUCGUAUGGACAAGUGGGAGUACAUGGCUGAGUUGACGACACCCCGUGGUGGAGUUGGGGUGGCAACCCUCAUGGGGAAAAUCUUUGCAGUUGGUGGCCACAAUGGCAACGUUUAUCUAAAUACUGUGGAAGCCUACGAUCCGACGAUGAACAGGUGGGAGUUGGUUGGACCCAUUUCACACUGCAGGGCUGGAGCUGGAGUGGCUGUGUGUUCCUGCCUGGCGAACCAGAUCAGAGACAUUGGCCUGGGAUCCAGUAAUGUUGUUGACUGCAUGUGAUUUUUGCAAUCAAUCUGCAACACAGUGAAGUUUUCUGAAGAUGCUAAUUUUACAGAGGAAAAAUUCCAUUCCAUGUAUCCAUUCAUUGUAGACUAAGAAAGAAGGCUGGAAAAUUGAUUAUAAGACUUUGAUUUGGUUUUUAUCUUAAUAUAUGCAGAUUUGAUUUCUUAGAACUGAUUGAAGUGGGUGUGUUUUGCAUUGUAUUAAAUGGUUUUGCAAAUUGAAUGUAUGCUGCUCUUCUAGCACCACCCUGCCGUUUCCAGCUGGCAUGCAGCUCCUUUAGAAUCCCGGAAGAUGGCAGUAAUUGCAUAUCUCUAUCUUUCUGAAAUGAAUUUAAUGGUAUCAAUCAUUGGCUGACCAGUGCACAACAAAGUUUAGUCAUAAAUUUGGUGGUGGAGCUAAUUCUUUGUAGUGCAGGUGCUGGAGAAGACAAAGUACAUUGUGACUGUUUAAAAUAUGACCAGGGAAAAGCUAAAACUUUGUAAAUUUUACUUCACAAUGAAAAAAUAGAUUUGUUUGUUUUAGUUUCUAUUUGAAUGAAACAUUAAAAAAUGCUUUUAGCCUCUUCUGCCCUUUGUCUGUCAGUGAGUCCUAUUGCUUUCUUUCCCUGUCUUGCCACCCCCAACCCCCACCCGCCCCAUUAAUUCAAGGUCCCAAAAGACCUUUAAAAACUUGGUUUAGCAGCAAAUUCAACAAGCAAUAAUUUUGUGAAGCCAAAAAACAAUAGUGCACUGUUCCUUUAUUAGCUAAUGUAUCUGAAAUAUUGUUAUUACAGUAUUUAUAAAUCCUGUUAUUGUGAAUUCUUGCAAAAAUCUUGCAGAUUGAUAAUUAACAAAUUGUUCAUCAACAGUUUCUUUGAUUCCUGUUUCAUCAACAUGCCUCAUCUUUCUUAACACUGCUUGCAUCUUCCAGAAUUGAUUACAAAAUAUUGUGUAAAUUGGCAUACCUUCAAUGAGGUGACUGUUGUGUGAAAAGUUUAGUCAUUUUAUUUUUGGGAUAAAAGAAUGUUUUUUUGGGGGAGAAUGGAUAAAACAAAGGGGGAAUUAACACCUACAGUAAUUCUCCUACCUAAAUUCAGAAAUCCAUGUAUUUCACACACUGAGUUCCUGGUUGUACUAGGUUCAUGAAGAAAAUUAUGUGCUAGCCCACAGAUGGUUUAUAAAGGAUAUGUUCAUACUUUUUGCCAUUUGUGGCUUUGUAACCAUUGUAAAGGCUCCUUCAAUGAAGAAUUUUAGGUAGUUAGCAGGAUAUCUAAAGAAAAAUAAGAAGAAGAAUCAUAAGUUAUGUUGGGAAGUAACACACAUCAAAGUCGCUGGUGAAUGCAGCAGG